AUGCAGCGUGACCCUCCGAAGAAGAAGCCCGAAAAGGGGAUCUUUGACCUCGUGUCCUUCGGGAAGGACCUGAUGGCCGGCGGGGUGGCGGCGGCUGUGUCCAAGACUGCCGUGGCGCCCAUAGAGCGGGUGAAGCUCCUGCUGCAGGUGCAGGCGUCGUCCAAGCAGAUCUCCCUCGAGAAGCAGUACAAAGGCAUGAUGGACUGUCUGAUACGGAUUCCCCGCGAGCAGGGUUUCUUUAGUUAUUGGCGUGGCAAUUUUGUAAAUGUUCUUCGGUAUUUUCCAACACAAGCUCUAAAUUUUGCUUUUAAGGACAAAUACAAACAACUUUUCAUGACUGGAGUUAAUAAAGAUAAACAGUUCUGGAGAUGGUUUUUGGCAAACCUGGCUGCUGGCGGAGCAGCUGGGGCAACAUCCUUAUGUUUUGUAUAUCCACUAGAUUUUGCUCGAACACGAUUAGGUGUUGAUAUUGGAAAAGGUCCUGCAGAGCGACAAUUCCACGGUUUAGGUGACUGUCUUAUCAAAAUAGCAAAAUCAGAUGGAAUUGUUGGUCUAUACCAAGGGUUUAGUAUUUCAGUACAGGGCAUCAUUGUGUACCGAGCUGCUUAUUUUGGAAUUUAUGACACAGCUAAGGGCUUAUUACCCAAAUCAAAGGAAUCCUCAUUUCUUAUUACCUUUUUGAUUGCUCAAGUUGUGACUACAUUCGCUGGAAUAAUCUCUUAUCCCUUGGACACAAUUAGAAGACGUAUGAUGAUGCAGAGCGGUGAGACUGAACGGCAGUAUAAAGGAUCUAUAGACUGCGGUAUGAAGAUAUUCCAACAGGAGGGGUGGAUUGCAUUUUUUCGUGGUUGCUUCUCCAAUAUCGUUCGUGGUACAGGGGGCGCUUUAGUAUUGGUAUUAUAUGAUAAAUUUCAACAUUUCCUUCAGAUUGGUUUUGGAGGUAGUUCAUCAGAUUAA